GGGCAAGCACGAUACACGUCGCCAUUCCCAUUCCCAAAGGCGUAAUUUCAGGCAAUCAUUAGCUGCCUGCAACUCUCCCCGCAUGGCUGUGAAGGGCCAGGAUUGUAUAUAUAUAUGUAUAUAUACAGUGUCCGUGUUUACUUUUUUGGUGUCAGGAUUUUGAUUUGUUAAUUAUACACUUGAGUCUUGACAAUCUUCCUGACAAUCUUCUUGACCUUGUCAAUCAUAAACACCACAAGAUGGGCAAAUUUGCAGAGAAGCUCGCGGGCCAAAAGAUAGCCGUCAUUGGCGGCUCCUCGGGCAUCGGCUUCGGCGCGGCCGAGAUCCUGCUCGACGCGGGCGUGCACGUGACGGUCAUCUCGUCGUCGCAAGACCGCGUCGACGACGCCGUCAAGCGGCUCGGCGGCGGCGCCAACGUUCAAGGCCGCGUCGGUGACGUGCGCGACGAGGCCGCCUUCACGCAGCUGCUCGUCGGCCUGGCCCCGCUCGACCACGUCGUCUUCUCGAGCGUCGACAAGAUCAUCCGCGGCGCGCUCGCCGAUGCGGACCUUGAUGAUGCGAGGCACUUGUUUGGCGUCAAGUUCUGGGGGAGCUUUGUCGUCGGGAAAGCGCUGGCCAAGCACGACAUCGUCAAGCCAGGCGGGUCGCUAACGCUAACGUCAGGCGGCAUGGCGCUGCGGCCCAAGAAGGGGGCGGCCAUCGGAGCAGCGCUCAACGGCGGCGUCAUCUCGGCCACGGCGGCGCUGGCCGACGAGCUGGCCGCCAAGCGCAUCCGCGUCAACACCGUCGUGCCCGGCCUCGUCGUCACCGAGCUCUGGGACAAGCAGGGCGUCUCCAAGGAGCAGCAGAAGGCGCUAUUCGACAAGGGCUCCCGCGACCUGCAUGUCGGCUUUGUCGCCACCCCCGACCACAUUGCCGAGGCGUAUCUGUAUGCCGUGCGCGCCGACUAUGCUACCGGGACUACGAUUGUCAUUGAUGGCGGCGGUACUUUGUAAAGGGGUCUUGCGGGAUGGGUAAUUACCCCCUGCCUGGCACAUUGAGUCUUGACAGAUAAUUAGACCGAUAGCUAUGUCAAACCC